AGAGCUUCACGGCAUGCGUUCUCCUUUAGAUUUGGUUUUUUUUUUUUUUUUUUUUUUAAUGUUAAGUUGACAAACUCCUCUAGACAUAUACCACCUUCACUGUAUAUUUUUUCCGAGUAGGUAUAGAAUAAUACAGUGGGUUCCCGAUGAAACCGCUUUUGGGAAACGAAAGUCAAGAGUUAAAAAAAUUGAAUUUGGAAGAUUUGACAGUUCCAAAAACAGAAGAAGAGGUCUUCGGUGGUGUCAACGUGGUGAGCUGGGAAAUUGUUAUUUUAUACAAGGAGAUAGCGAGAGAGAGAUGAUAAUAAAUGAGACUGUUUUUUGUUGAGUAAUAUGCCUGCUUUCAUCCUAUUUAUCUUUUUCUCUGUCGCUUUGUUGAUGUACGCUAUUUUUGCAUAACGUCGAGCGUUACCCAAUAAGUCAGAAAGCUCUUCCUCUCAUUCCGACUUCCCCCUUUGCUCUGUCUCUUUCACCAUCCACCAAUUUCGCGAUCUUUUCUUCUCUUGGCUUCGUUAUCACCAUUGUUCUCUCCCUUCACCUCCAUUUCCCUCCGCACUCUGUUCAUCUCUUGUCGCCACACGGAACCAAGUGCCCAUUUCCUCCAUCCACAAAUUCUCAUCCUCCCUCUCGCUCAACUCACUUCGACCUACCUCAGUACCUCCUUACUUUCCCUCCGUUUGCCUAAAAAAACUCUUGAGAAACAGACAACAUAAGCCGUCUCUUGCUAGUGUCUCUUUGCCGCCGGCUCACCACUUCCUGCUUUCCUAUCCACCAGGGAAAGCUACUUAAUUCUCCUUUUUCGUGCUUCGCUCAACCAAAGCUCAGGGUGCUCGCACAGCCGUUGGCCUUCCUCUGUCAUCUGCUGAUCCCCUCUAUUCCUUCCAUCUCACUGUGGCCACUUGUAAACUGAAAAUGAGAAUCAAUAUUUGGCUGCCAUUUCUUCUAUCUUCCUGGUUGCUACUUGAAGCAAGAGUUGCCAUAGCAGCAUCGGCUUGUGGGGAGGAGAAGCCACUUACUCAAACUCCUACAUGGGCUGUUGCUGGCGUCUGUGCUGUUAUUAUCAUCAUCUCUCUUCUCUUAGAAAAGGUUCUUCACAAAGUUGGAACAUGGUUUACAGAAAGGCACAAAAGUGCUCUGUUUGAGGCUCUGGAAAAAGUCAAAGCUGAGCUGAUGGUUCUUGGAUUCAUUUCGCUGCUCCUGACUUUUGGUCAGAAUCACAUUGCCAAGAUCUGCAUUCCUAAAGGAGUUGCUAGCACCAUGCUGCCAUGCCAGGCUGAUGGUGAGCAUGAAGCUAGCAGUGAAGAGGAAAAUCAUCACAGGAGACUCCUCUGGUUUGAGCGGAGAUUUUUGGCAGCUGCUUCUCCUGUAGAAUGCAGGAAGGUAAAUUUUUAUGGUGCAUGUACUUUGCUAGCUGAGUUUUGCCUAAGUGGCAAAAGAUUCAUAGAAUCAUAGUUGACUGAAGUGUCCUAUAUUUU